AUAUUUAUUUAGCUUGUUAUCUGUCCAUCUGAUCAAUUUAUCUGUGACAGAAAAUCUGUAAAGAUAACGAUCGUAUGUUUUUCCCUGACUUAUAAAUAAAUAUUUUAAUUAUUAUUUUACUUUGUUUCAGCAAAGAUAUGAGUUCAAAACUGUUAAUUUGAAACUAUAAAUCAUAAAACUUAAACUUUUAAACAAAUCGUAAAUCAUGCUCUACUCAAAAUUCAAUUUAUCCAGACUUGUAAAAGAUAUACAUACGAGUACAUACAGUUAUGGUCGUAUAAAUAGUAACACUGCCAACGGUCCUUGACAUUAUGUAAGAUACUUCACCGCAAUCUUUUUUUUUUUGAAAUUAAACAAUAAAUAAGACAACAAUAUGUUCAACAAUUUAUCAUUUCUUAAAAAAACAAUAUAAUCCCACUACACGAGUGCAGUUUCAUUAUUACAUUACGGACAAACAUUUAAAUCAGUUUUAAGAUAUGAACAAUAACGGUCAACUAAUUAGAAACAACAACAGAAAAGUAUAAAAAACAAUAUUUUUUAAAGUAUUAUUACUUAGUAUUGUUAUUUAAGAAAUAGCUACUAUCCACAGCCUACCAAUAGUUAUGAUUAAUAUUUAGUGGCGUAUCCCUUAUUUUCAAUAACAGCAUUGCAACGACGUGGCAUUGAUUCAAUCAAUUUCAUACAUUUUUCUAGGGGGAUUGAAUUCCAUGCUUCAACAAAUCUAUACUAAUAUAUAAAUCUACAGUGGUUUUUACUUUGUAUCCAUGCAGAAAAUACAUGUACUUAAUGGAUAGGCUAAUAGUUAUAUGAGUGUUGGACUUCCUACACCAGUUGCGGGGGCGUUAAUGUUGAAAAUCUUUGUGGAGGUGAGAAAUAAUAAUGUUAAUUUUAAAUGCCCAGCGAAACGGACGGGUACAGCUAGUUAUUCAUAUAAUUCAUCUUGACUGGUGUUACGUUUGUUUAAGACUUUCUUUUUAACAAUAUACCAGAGAUUUUCUAUCGGGUUUCAAUUCGGACUAUUUGCUGGCCAGUCUAACACGGAUAUACGCUGUUCGCUAAGGAAACAUUUGACGCUAUUGGCCGUGUGUUUAGGGUCAUUGUCAUGCUGAAAGAUUCAGGUUACAGGCUAAUGAUCGUGCGAGUAGGGAAUCAUUGUGUACUCUAAGAUGUUUUUGUAUUGCCAUUGAUCCAUUGUACCUUCAAUCUUCCGAACGGGUCCAACUAAACAUUCGGAAAAACAUCCCCAAGCUUUAAUGCUACCGUCACCGUACUUGACCUUAGUCCUUGUGUAUUUAUAAUUAAAAGCAUUGUUUACAGGACGUCUAAAUAGCGCUUUCCAUUGGAAUUUACCAUAUUUAUUUUUGUUUCAUCUGAAAAUAACAGUUUUUUCCAUUCUCGUACCGUCCAGUUAACAUAUUUUUUAGUAAAUAAUAAUCCCCUUCUCUCGGUGUUGCUUGGUAAGAAGCGGUACCUUUCGAGAGGUUCUUUCAAACAAUUUAGCUUCCACUAAUUUUCGGCAUGUCAGUGACUUCAAGAGAUGUUUCUCGGGUCACAGGCGAAAAACUUCAUUUUUAAUCUGGCUGGAGCUUUUAAUUGGGUCUUUUUUAGCGAUUGAACGACCAACGAUUAGCGUAUCUUUUCUGGGAAAAGUUUUGUCUUGGCCCAAAUUUCCUUUGGCCUUUUUAAAAACAUUUUCAGCAGUUCCAUGUGUUUUAUAAUGAUCAAUUGCAUUAAAAACUUUCUUAACAAUUUAAAUGCUCAGCUAUUCUUCUGUACGCCCACUUAUAAUCAAUAUGUAAAUUAACAAUUAUUUGCCUAGUUGACGUGUCCCAACUUUUAUUUUUGCGCAUUUUGAACAAAAUAAAAUUCAAAUUAUAUUUUGAAUUGCUGUCAAAAUAAUAAUAAAAGGCAAGAAAGAAAUGUUAUUCUCCAAUUUCAAAAAAGAACGAGCUAUGGAUGCUUUUUUAAAUUGUUUUUAAUUAGGCGUCCAGUAUAGUUGUUGCAAAGUACGAGCGCGCGUGGAUUUUAUUUGUAUUUGUAAUCGUAAAUACACAUUUUCGUUAGUGUGUGUACCCGACGGAACGGUCAGUAGCGACCGGACCAAGCACUGAUCCCUGGGGUCCGGAGGAGUUAAUACUAAAGAGCUUCGAACAGUUUGACUUGGAAUUUUCAGUGUUUUAAGUAGGAGUUCAGGAGCAUGAAAAAAGAAUUCGGUAGGAGGGUUUUCAAUUUAUAUAGUAAUCCCUUAUGCCAGACUUUAUCGAAAGCUUGUUUUAUGUCAAUAAAUGCCGCAGAACAGUAUUCCUUCUUUUCUACGGAUUGUCGAAUCUUGUGAACUACUCUGUGUACUUGUUCGACAGUAGAAUGCUUUGCCCGAAAUCCAAACUGAUGAUCCGGUAUAAUCUUUUCCUAAUCAAGAAGCGUCUUCAGUCUUUUUAGAAAUACCAUUUCUGCACGGUUAGGUACCACCACCUUGCCUAUUUCUAGCGUGAAGCAGUAAUGCGUUUCGGGUUUGAAUGGUAGGGCAGCCGUUGUAUUGUUAAAACUGAGACUUAGAACAUAUAUCUCGAGGUAGGUGGCAUUUACAUCGUAGGUGUAUAUGGGCUCCGGUAACCACUUAACACCAGGUGUGCCAUGAGCUCGCCCAACCGCCUAAGCAAUCAAAAAAAAACUUUCCUUUUUUUCAUACUGCUCUAUAAGAAUGUGGGUGAUCUUAGCAGCCCCAGAAUGGGGAGAAUGUUAAUGGAGUGAAGGGGACGGUGUUAGUUUGUAGAACCGAUCGGUACCUCGAUGCCGUGAAGUUCAUGCUUCGGUCCUAAUAACCGCAAGGUUGGUGGGACCAUGGGAGGUGGUGGGAAUGCUCCAUAAGUCAUCACUCACUUUGAUAAUGAACUAAUCACUCCUAUUAAAAGUGGGUCGUCAGUUUACAUAGCAACUGAGUCCCCGACCUAGCUAGACAUAAUUAUCUCAAAGAUCCUAGCGGCAUUAGCAUUGUGAUAUCUAAGGGGCUACAGCAAAUAUUUCAUAUCGGGUGGAUUGUAAGCUCGUCUGCCCAUUAAUAGCAAAAACCGAUCUUGAGGCAGGUAGUUAUUUUUCUUAUUUGUGUACAACAUCAGGCUGCGGCUAUUGUUUAGUGAUAGGGGCAUUAACCGCUUAACAAAAGGUGGGGUGGGAGCCCAUCUACGACAGUAAAUUGAAAACCUAUUAAUUCUUUAACAUAAAAUUUGAAAUGAGGUCUUACAUUAUUAUAUUGAAGUGCGAUAAUUACACUUGUUAGCCUUCAAUCAGCUCAGUAUUCGUGUUGCUUGUAAUGUUUAUUCUAAGAACUAGUGUACAUUUAAAAUUAUAAAUAUGGACACAACUAUCUAGGUGUAAAUGAUUUUGGGACUUUUUACUUUACUUGCUUGUUUAAUGUGUAUCAUAAAUAUUAAUGACUUGAUAAAAUCGGUAUUGAUUUUUUAGAAAAAAACUAAAGACAAUCAACUUGUAAUAAAAAGUCAAGUAUAAUAAUUAAGACCAUCACUUAGUUUUAAAAGGAACAGAACACACCUACUAAAAAUUAGAAGUUUAGAAAUUGUAAAAAUUAUACAGAAUCUUCUCUGGUUUAAAUAUAAAUAGAGUUGAGUACAUUUAACUCAAUUUUUCAAUGAAAUUACGUUCGGCAUAAAUCCCAGCUGGAUGAUGGUAUCACCAGACCGAUGUAGCGCUACUCCAGUGAGCCAAGUGACAUCGAUCCGCGACUUUUGUAGGCAUAGAUGAAGAAACGAUCUCGCGAUUCAAUUCACGGUAGAAGCUGUUAUAAGCGCGUGCUGGUUCCAUGUUUGGCUUUUUGAAUUUGGUCGUCUAAUUUUGACUACGUAGUCUUUAUAAUAGACUUUGAUAACGCUUCGCUAGGUUCAAAGAACGACGUGUGAUCGCUGUUUCUUGUUACAGCGAAAGUUGUAUCAAAUUGAUGAGGUUCUUUUUAAUUGGGAGAUUUUUAUUAUUCUCGAGAAACGUCAAACCAUUAUAUUAAUUACAUAAAGUGCUUAUUUAUACAGAUCUUUUUCAAUCUUAAAUAGUGUAAGCGUCAAACGAAAUACUGCAUUGAUAGCCUAAUGUUAAUAAUUUAAUGUCAUAAUUUCGAAAAACUUGUAUUAUGUAACGAUUGUAAAAUAUAUUAUUAACCAACUGUGCUAACGAAUAUUCUGAACAUAAAUUAGUUUUGGUUAAACUUUCGAACUUACAGAAUAUAUUAUUAUGUUAUACAUUAUUUACACUAGUCAAUACGACUUAAAAAGCUUAGGAGCUUUAUUGCCCUUUUAGGUUACUACGUGACAUAGAUGACGAAUCUGCGCUACGCAGAUGACACAACUCUGCUUGCCAUAACAGAAGCAGAGAUGACAGAGCUUUUGAACACAUUGAUGGAGCACAUAGGGUUGGAGAUGGGACUCCGUCAUCAACAGAUUCAAAACUAAAAUCAUGGUCGUUGAUCGCACAAAAAAGUUGGAGCUUAGUGGAGCACUAAAUCAUGAGCUUGUUGACAACUUUAUUUACCUAGGCUCCGACAUUAACAAUACCGGAUCCAGCGAACCUGAAAUACGACGGCGUAUCGGAAAGACAAAGGGAGCCAUGACCCAGCUCGGUAAAUCUGGAAGGACCGUAACAUUACCCAGAAAACAAAGAUAAAACUGGUACUCACUCUGGUCUUUUCCAUUUUUCUAUACGGAGCGGAGACCUGGACCCUUAAGGCGGCUGAUCGCAAACGCGUGGAUGCUUUUGAGAUGUGGUGCUGGAGAAGAAUGCUCCGGACACCUUCGACAGCGUAGAGAAGCAAUCUAUCUAUUUUUGACCAACUACAGAUCAAGACAAGACUGUCCACACUCUGCCUUCGCCGUGCACUCGAGUACUUCAGUCAUAUUGCUCGGAAAACACCGGAUAGCUUAGAGAGACUAUUCGUGACAGGGAAGACCGAAAGAAAGAGCCCGCGCGAGCGCAGUCCGACAAGGUGGUUCGACCAAAUCCGCACCACACUAGAGAUACCAUUUCACGACGCCCUUUAUGCGGUCAAUGAUCGGAGGUGCUGGCGGGACAUUACAAGGAGUAAAAUCCUGUCGAAAUAUAACGUCACGACCCUCAGCAGUGAGGAAACGACGCGAGGAGGAGGUCACUACGUACUAAUUUAUUGUUGCAAAAAAGUGAACGUUUCUCUAUAAUGGUUUGAUUUUGAGAUGAUUAAUUGUGUAUUUUACCUAUUUGUCUGUAUAUUUCACGACCUCACAAUAACUACACACUUGAUAUUUGCAAAUGUGAACAUUUUUAUUAUUAUUGACUCACCAGUGCCUACAUGAAACGGGUUUUCCCCUACUUCUUAAGUUAAACUUAAUCUGCUCGACCAUAUAUUUAGGAAGGACCACUUAGAUUAGAAAUUUCGGGGAUCACACUCGGGUAGAGUUGACGUCAGAAUUAAGCGAUUAGUCUUUACGGACGACUGUCGCUCAAAAAGGUUUUCAAUAAAUUGGGAUGGAUACGGGAUAACAAUCAGAAAUCAGACAAGGACAUGUGACUCGAAACAAGUCCAGCCGCGCGACCAUCUCAUUUAAACAACAGGUGUUGUUGCUACCACUUCAGUCAGACUAGUGGAAGUUUAGUUGAGCUGAUAGGACGAUCACCACUAUAAACAGCAUUUCGGAAUACAGCUUAUGUUUACCAAAACGGUUUUCUCAUAACUCGUUCAUAACACGACUGCUGUAUUGCAAAUUCGGCGCUCAAGGUUAUCCGACUCAAACUAACUUUUCGACGUUCCCAAUCAACUAGUAACUAGCGCGCUAGCUGUCUUAACCGUAAGAAGUUUAAAUAGACAAUAUUCUUCCCUUUCAUGUAAAUUAUUACGAGUUUCCUUAAUUUUAUAUGAAUAGUAAAUAGAAAAAACUAUAUAAUAAUAAUAAUAAUAAAUAAUAUAAUAUUUUACAUACGCUGUAUAGACGAAAGAAGCUUAGAGAACACUCCACGCUCGGUAGGCGCGUCGACCUCGAUGCUCUCCGCCAUCAUAGUUUUUUGCACGUCUUGCGAUUUGGGAUUCCCGAUGAGCGCGAUCUAUGAUAACCCCAAAAUAAUAACUAAAAGUACGUUUAUCUAUUCCAUAUUGAGAUUCUUUUUACUGAGAUCACUGAACUAUAAUGUCGAUUUACAAUCUUCAAAAUUUCUAAUACGUAAUCUGAGUCAUAGCACUGCACUAUUUUAGUAUGUUGUGCAUUCGCUGAAGUUUCUAAAUAUUAUCUAUACAUUAUUAAAUUAUUAUCUAUACAUAUGUUAGCUUAAAUAUUGUUUAAGAUUAAUGGACUUCAUCGUUAGCCUUUGCGCGUUUGUUAGACGGAUUUAACUCGUAGUGUACAUAUCUACAUAAAAAACUCAGACUAGAGUGAUUAAGAUUCCUUUUAUUUAUAAUAUUAUACACUUAACUGGCAUGCGCUACUUAUUAUGCAAAAUUAUUGAUAAAAUAAUAUAUGUAACAUUUCCAGUCAUUCAAGAUUAUUUUAGUUACUCAAAUCUUGGAAACUUGUAAUUGGACUUUUUUUUUCAUUGUGUAACUAGUAAAAAUAAAAUAAAAGGAGAAACUGAAAAGCAAACAAAUUAAAUACAGCUACGAUAGUAUUUUAUAUUUUCGUGAUUUUAUAACGAGUUAAUAAAUUAGCAAUAAUUUAUCCUUGGUCUUCUGUGACCGCGAAAAUUAAAGUAGCCGGAAAUUAUAAAAUAAAAAAUAAACACUACAUUAAGCCGAAAUACUUUCUUAAAAAGUUUUUUUUAAUUAAAUAAACAUAUGUUAAUUAACGGUUCACUGAGUUAUAAACACGCCGACGUUAAAUGGGAUAAUAUUUUAUUUCGUAUUAAAUAAAAAUAAAUAUUGAAUAGAAAUUUAGUAAACAGGGUCACCAGAUUAUCUGAAAAAUCUUGUGAGUGUAUAUUGGCAGAAGGGAAUCUUUUACCGGGCGCCAGCUUUUGAAAUGAAUAGUAGUAAGAUGUAGUUAGGCUUUCGUCAGAUUUGCAUAACAUUAAACUUCCUAAUUAAUGCUGUUUACGUGAAUGGGUCCUUAUAUUUAAGCGUAUUAAUUUGAUUUUCGUAACUACUUGACAUUUGUUAGAAGUUGAUGAAGAAUGCGUUUUAUUAUUAUAUAAAUUAAAUUAUUAUCAAUGUAAAAUAGCCCUGGUCGUCUAUAUUGAAUCCAUAAAGUUUGGAUCUUCAAAUUUAUAUUAUUGACUUGUUUUAGAUUUUCGUGAUCUGCACGCAUAGUUAAAAUUUAUCUAACACCUGGGCUCCUCCUAAUAUGAAGUUGAAAAUUCAAGUCAUUUGGCAGACAGCGGCUUGGCUGUCUCCUAGCUUUGCAGUCCAUGCGCAACGAACAAAACUCCUCAGUGUAAAAAAGUCGAAUAACCAAACAAAAAGUGGAACAAACUGCUAUACCUAAAGAUAAAUUAAACUUUAGAGUUAUUCUGUGCGAAAGCAUUGUAACUGUCAAUAUUUUUUAUAAAAUUAGACCCUAAAUAUAUAUGCCCUGUAAUAAUAUCAAUUAUAUUCACAUUUUGACGAUUUAUUGAUCACGAAAACUGUAAAGUAUUUGAAACGUCUGACUUUAUAAAACAAUAAUAAUAAUUUCCUUAAAAUAAUUUCGAUAUUUGGACUAAUUAUAAUAAUAUAUAGUUUUUGUUAACCUAUUUAUUGCCCACCUGAUAGAAACUGGUUACUGUCAAACAUCGAUAGAGGAUAUAUUUUGUUAGAUACACAAGACCGUCCGUUAUCUAAAUAAGUUUGAAAAUAGUUUUUAGUGAUUUACAAUAAUUUAGCUGUCUUUUGCCGAUGUUUAUGAAGAACGGUAGUCAAUUGAAAUCAUACCGAGACAUGUACAAGUAAUUGAGAUUGUCUUUUAUAUAAAACAAUAAUUUAUGAUCACUAAUUGACUAUUAUGUUUACACAUAUAUUACAAACAGUGUACGAUAAAUUGCGUUGUUUUUAGUUGUAUUUUGAACAUAAAAUAAAACAAUUACCGUCCUUAAAUUAAUUUCAAGUCCUCUGAAAUUAGGCUUUGUUUUUCUAGUUUUUAAAUAACGCAGACGUGCUCACGAAUCACUUCCACGAUUAAGGAAUAACGUUGUGUAAGAAAAACCAAUUUGGUAAAAAUUAUAAUUUGCGUAAAUCUUAGUGGUAGGGCGUAUGUAAGCACUCAGGGAUUCCAGUUUGACGGGAAUAGUCGAUUCAACAACACAAUACAAUUCUACAAAGACUACGACCUCAUGUCUUGUGAGUCCACGCGGGUAGGUACCACCACCCUGCCUAUUUCUGCCGUGAAGCAGUAAUGCGUUUCAGUUUGAAGGGUGAGACAGCCGUUGUACUGUAAAAACUGAGACCUUAGAACUCAUAUCUCAAAGUAGGUGGAGGCAUUGGUUGUAGAUGUCUAUGGGCUCCGGUAACUACUAAAUACCAGGCGGGCCGUAAGCUCGUCCACCCAUCUAAGCAAUAAAUAAAUAAGAAAUGUUCCAAGGUGGGUAGCGGCAUUCACGGUGUGAUCAAUGGGUUUCGGUAACAACCAAUAUGGUGAAUACCAAGUGGGCCGUGAACUUGUUCACCCACACCUAGACAAAAAUUAAAGUAAAAUAUGAUAUAGCUUCACACGGGUCUACUUACCAGCAGCGUGUUCUGAUGAUAGUCUAUACACUGAGAUAGAAUCUUAUGCUGAUUAUCUAAUUUUUUUUGUGAAAAGAUAAACUUAUGAACUCUUCAUUUAAUAUAAAAAUACAGAUCAGCUAUUCUUUGAAGCUGUUCCAACUAUUAAAAUGAUGUGAGUUAAAUCUAGGAUGUUUCCUAUAUGGGGGGGUAGAUUUCUAAUAUCUUAUUUAAUAUUUGGUAUUAUUGAAGUGUUAUAUUGCUUUGAAAUAUAUGAUAUUUGAAAAUAUUGUAGAAAUAUUCAAGACAUCAGCCUCGAUAUUAACGUAUCUCACGUGUCCACACAGCCCUCUGUAAGGGCUUUUCUACGGAUGAAUUUGGAUGAUUUUUGUGUUUUUGUUAAUUAUUUGUAAUAUGUACAAAGGAAAAAAGAAAUGUGCACUUAUAGAAAAAGUAUAAAUUGAUAUAAAAUUCAUCGUAAUCAUUAUCAUCAGCGCACAAUCGUUCACUGCUAUAGGAUAUAGGCCUCUCCCAAUCCACACCACCGAUAUAAAAUUACGUAUUGAUUAUUUUUUGUCCUUAUUUGAAGAUAAAUAUAGAACAUAAAUCAACGAAUCAUCUAGCUGUUAAAUAUAACGUAUGAAUAUCCUGCAAGCAGGUACUAUUGAACCCAGCAUAUAUAUUCACUUUUUUUCCCCUAACUAUGCUGAUAGCCUUGAGUUGAGAGGCCAUUUCAGCUUCUUCUUGAUGUGUUGGUGAGCUCACGGAGCUCAAACCGGAGUGUGCUAAUACUGGCCCUAACAAGAAUAGUGCUUCGCAGAAUCUACCACCGAAUCGGAAACGUGACCCACUGAGAAGAUCCGGCAAGAAACUCAAUGGUUUGUGCUUAUGAGUUAAUUUACUCGUCGCAAGCGACGGGCUCGACGGGGACGGUAACCGGGUAUAUUCACUAUUAAUUGACGAAUUAAACGAAUAAUAUACUGAGGCCUAACCUCCACUAACUGAUAUGAAAGGAAUACAAUACCGUUGACUUCGACUCUCAUGACCUAGAGUGGAUGAUUAUGUCUACGGACUAAGGCUAAGAUUUAAAGCUUAGCGGACUGCGAGCUCACCUGCAAAUAUACGGAAAAAAUAAACUCACUGGGUUUAUUCGGGUACCAAAUAUUGACAUACAUACGUGCUAACAGGUACACACAGAUACUACUAUGCUUAUGACAAACAUACAAGGUGUGUGGCGCAUUUACGUUGUAGAUAUCUAUGGGUUCCAGUAACCACUUAACACCAGGUGGGCUGUGAGCUCGUCCACACUAUCAAGGCAAUAAAAAAAAUAUAUAUAUUGAGGGUGGAUACUAAGUAUGACUGAGAAUCAAACCCAGACCCGGUGUAUCUACAGUAGUCACUUUCCAUUAAAAUAAGCAGGCGAUUAAAACCGUUUGUGAAAAAAUAGAUUAGAACUACGACCUGAUAUAUCACUCGAUAAAGGUACACUAGGCUAUUUACCUACAAAGCUAUAGAGACUAUUAAAAUGUUGAGAUACACUAUGUUAUAUUUCGCAUCCCAUAAAUAAAUGCGCGUAGUGUUGGUCUGCAGAUACCGUUGGUUCUUCAAGAUAACUGUAUAUGUACAUAAGUGCACCGCAAUUAACAAAAUAUCGAAGGCCAAGUAGCAUUCAUGAUAUCUAACAAGAUCAUAUUGUGAAUAACAAAAUAGGUGGCAAAAUAUAUGUAAAAUGAGUGUGCGUUGACCUUUAUAUCUGGUUAGACUGUUUAUUCUAGCUUCUUUCAGUUUUACUUCAAGACCAUGUAGUUAUUGAAAUAUUGAAGUAUUAGUUACACACUCAAUUAUCGCUGGUAUGCUAGACAGUGCUGCUGGGUUUGUUAAGGAAAAAUGUGCAUUGAUAUUGCUACUUGAAUACACAUAUCUGUACCGCUUCUAUUUUAUGGGAUUAAAAUAAACUUUUACGUUUUAAUCCCCUAUCUAUACCUUUAUUUUUAAAUUUUUGACGCAUUGCUAUUGUCGUUGAAUUGAAAAUUCAAAUUUUUGAAAAUUGCAUCCACUGCCAUUUUCGUUGUCAAGGUGACAAAUCUGUUAGUCGUCAAAAUUCUAAUACAACGCAAAAACUGACGAAUAAAUACUAAAGAAAACACAUUUACGACUGUCUCCAUUUCAUUGAACACGGUAAAAAAUAGUACAUAAGUUUCUUAAGUUUCAUGAUCAAGGAUCGAGCAAUUCUCUUAAUACUUUAACUAUCCCCUAUUAAAACCUGGAUGUUAGAAAAGUGUCAGACAUCUGUGGAAGAAAAGAAAUAGAAGUGCUUUCAAUAUUCAAGAAAUGACCCACAAUUAGUUCAAGCUUCAAGCCUUAAGUCAACUCACUCACAUAUUAUUAUGGAAUGAAUUGAAAUGUUGUCAAUACUAAAAUGUUAAAAUAUGUUAAUAAGAUGAUAAUAGAAAUGAAAUAAAAUGCUCUAAAUUAAUUCGUAUCACAUAAAAAGUUACAUUCUAGAUGGAUAUAUUUUGUCCAGGAUACCUGUACUUUAACAUAAUCUGUGGAUAAAAUAAAAUUGAUAAUUUAAUCCUAAAGGUUCAAACCAAGCAAAACAAAGAAAUAUAAUAAUAGUAUACCGAAGAAUUAAAGUUCUGAAACAUAAGCAAUCAAAGCUUUUGAUGAAAAGAUUCAGAGAGAACGAAUAACUGGACAUAACGGGACAACUCUUAGUUUUAAAAUGACCAAGAAUUUUUAUAAAUACUAUAUUGGGCAGAACACAAGUUCAUUCUUGUAAUGAACUUAAUCCAUGGAAUAACCGACACACCUAAUCUCUUAACCCAGAUUUAAAAAAAAUCAGCCCCUAAGUACACUACCAUGAACGAUGAAAUAUAAACCGUUUAUAAGAAAGCCCGCUCGUUCGAAUUUAGGUCCGUACUCUCCCUUAAACAGAAUCCUUUGGGACUACUAUAAUGUCCACGGUAGCGCGGUCUCCGUCAAUGUUCGUUCGGAGUUGUCCGAUUGCGCUGAACUAAUUUUAAGUGAACUUGAUGUUUUUUCUAACUGUCUCACAACUUACAGGAAAAAUCUGUCGCGGAUCAUUUCCCAAUUAAAUAUUAAUUAAUCUUAAGCAAUCAAUUAAAUGUAAUCAAAUCUUAGUUAUAUAAUCUUUUUAUUUUUGUUGUUAAUGCACUGUCGAUUGCACCUAUAAUUGAGGUGACAUCUGCCAUAAACUUUUGUCAGUUUGUCAAUGUUUUGUAUUGAUGAUCACUUUGUUGGUGCAACUUAAUAUAUAAAUACAUAAAUAAAAUAAAACUUGUGUUCAGACGUCAUCUGAGCCCAAAAUAUAUCUUUAUCAUCAUUAUUUUCUGAUCCAGAAUUCUUAGGUUAAUCUUUGAUUACAUAAAUUGACUAUGCCGAUGUUGUUGCUACCGUUCUAAAAGUUGUUUAUAACAAAUUAUGAAUAAAUUCAAAAUUUUAAAUUCAUUUAAAAUGUAUGUAAUACUAUAGACAACUUAAUAACGGGGGAAACAAGUGGAAAUUAUCUGGCUUAAAAUGUAUAUGUGUUUGUAUUGUAGGAUAUACCUUCGACUAUAUCAAUUUAUUAAAGUACGAUAGGUAACCCAGGUAGCCCACUAGCAUUCCGAUAGAGGCACCCGUCACGUGCGGACGUGCUCAUCGUCCACUCGAUCGCCCGGUCUUUGUUCGCCCGGCUUUUGUUAGCCCGGCCAUUGUUCGCGCGGCCUGUGUUCGUGAUACAUCUGCCGACCAAGUGUGUUUCCUGGAAGCUUUUAUUUGUUUUGUUUUAGUUAUUUUUGUGUUCGUGGAACAUUUGCCGACAAAGAGAUUUCCUGCAAGUAUUUAUUUGUUUUGUUUCUUUUUGUAAUUUCUGUUUUGUUGUGCUCUUUCUUUGUCCUGUAGUAAUCGCGCCGCAUUGCCACCUGUGUUCAAUAGAACCGCUCUAGGUCCGAGAAGUUGGGGCCUCGCCGCAAGGCGAGUGUUUUCAAGACCCGGGGCCGCCCCACCUGGGUACUCAGCGAUCAUGGACGCUGUAUUCGCGGAAUUCCUCCGACUUCGCCACCCACAGCUCGCCUCAGAGUUUCUGGCCUUCAAGGCCAAUCACACUGCGAGCCCUCUCGAGAACUCCGCCGCGCUCGCUGCUCCUGCGUCGCCUAUACCUGCGUGCAGAGCUUCUGCAUUGAGCACCGCAGCCUCUGUCGUGCCUGCCGCUCCCGUGUCGCCUAUACUGGCGAGAAAAGCUGCUGCGUCGUCCGCCGUGACCAUCGUUUCAGCUGAGCGAUCAUCCGCGGCCUCCGUCGCGCCCUCUAAAACACCUACACUUGCUCGUAGGUCGCCUGCACCCGCCUCCUCGUGCUCCGACUCUGACUCGGACAUGGAGGUCGACCUCGCCCCCGCCUCAUCGACGGAUGGAUUCACCCUGGUACAAAAGGGUAAGAAGCGUGCCGCGGAGUCUCGAGCUCCCGCGGCCGCUAAAAUUAGCAAAGCUGUGAACGCGUCGCGCCCCCGCCCUCAGACUCCCGUUGCGCCCCCAGCCCGUGCCACUCCGUCGCCGCGUCCGGUGGCACAAAAUAAAACCCAGACCCCUCCCCCGGUUAUCCUUCAGGAGAAGGCAGCUUGGGAUCGAGUUUGCCUGGCCCUUAAGGCCAAAAAUAUAAAUUUCACGAAUGCCCGUAACCUCGCGAACGGCAUUCAAAUUAAGGUUCAAACACCCGACGACCAUAGGGCCCUCUCUUCUUACCUCCGUAAGGAACGUAUAAGUUUCCAUACUUAUACGCUCCAGGAGGAGCGCGAACUCCGCGUUGUAAUACGCGGAAUCCCUAAGGAGUUAGAUGUAGAGCUCGUCAAGGCCGAUCUGUUAGAACAGGGCUUUCCAGUGAAUUCUGUGCACCGUAUGCACACCGGUCGCGGUAGGGAGCCAUAUAAUAUGGUUCUAGUCACCCUCCAGCCUACCCCCGAGGGUAAGAAAAUCUUCAACACACAGACCGUCUGUAGGCUCUCCGGUAUCGCCAUCGAAGCCCCCCAUAAAAAAGGCACUCCUAGCCAGUGCCAUAACUGUCAAUUGUACGGGCACUCUUCCCGUAACUGUCACGCGCGCCCCCGAUGUGUUAAGUGUUUGGGCGAUCACGCCACGGCCCUCUGCGCUCGCGACCAAAAAACCGCGACGGAACCGCCUAGUUGCGUCCUGUGUCGAACACAGGGUCACCCCGCGAAUUACCGUGGUUGCCCCCGAGCCCCUAAAAUAAAUCGCCGCGUCGCCCGCCAAAACCGCCUCCGAGCUUCCGGCCCAGACAUCAAAGCCUCGGCACCCUCUGCGUCGCAGGCUAAGCCAGCGUUCGUUCCGGCGGCGGUGCCCAGUGUCUCGGCCUGGGCAAAACCGCUGCCGUACACGAACACGGCUACAACUCCCUCCUCCGCAAAUCGUCCCGCCCCCGCGACUCGUCCCUCUCCCGCGACUUGCCCUCCGACCGCGUCCGAAAAUCUCGCUUUAGCGAUCGACUUCUUUCAGUCGAUCAACUUUGAGCGCGUUAACGCUUUGGGCGACGCCAUUCGCGCUGCCUCCACUGCACAACACUUUAUCGCCGUUGUGCAGGAAUACGCCGACGUAUACGCGUCAUUAAAUACGUACGUCCUCCCCUCACUCCGCCGGUAAUCAAUGGCGUAUAUAAGUAGAAUAAAGCCCCUAUCCGUAACGAUAGGAUUUUUUAACGCUUACGGUCUCGCAAAUCAACGUGAUCAGGUUUCUGACUUUUUGCGUGACCAUCAAAUUGAUAUCUUUUUAGUGCAGGAGACCCUACUUAAGCCCGCGCGCCGUGACCCUAAAAUCGCGAACUAUAACAUGGUCAGGAACGACAGGCUCUCUGCCCGUGGUGGUGGUACCGUCAUUUACUAUAGAAGAGCCCUGCAUUGCGUCCCGCUCGAUCCUCCCGCGCUCGCUAAUAUCGAAGCAUCAGUGUGCCGAAUCUCACUGACGGGACACGCGCCGAUCGUUAUCGCGUCCGUUUAUCUUCCACCGGAUAAGAUCGUUCUAAGCAGUGAUAUCGAGGCGCUGCUCGGUAUGGGGAGCUCUGUCAUUUUGGCGGGCGACCUAAACUGUAAACACAUCAGGUGGAACUCACACACCACAACCCCGAAUGGCAGGCGGCUUGACGCGUUAGUCGAUGAUCUCGCCUUCGAUAUCGUCGCUCCGCUAACCCCGACUCACUACCCGCUAAAUAUCGCGCAUCGCCCGGAUAUACUCGACAUAGCGUUAUUAAAAAACGUAACUCUGCGCUUACACUCGAUCGAAGUAGUUUCAGAGUUAGAUUCAGACCACCGUCCCGUCGUUAUGAAGCUCGGUCGCGCUCCCGAUUCCGUUCCCGUCACGAGGACUGUGGUGGAUUGGCACACGCUGGGCAUCGGCCUGGCUGAAUCUGAUCCACCAUCGCUCCCGUUUAACCCGGACUCUAUCCCGUCUCCUCGGAUACCGCUGAAGCCAUAGACAUCUUAACGUCACACAUCACCUCGACAUUAGAUAGGUCAUCGAAACAAGUUGUAGCGGAGGACUUCCUUCACCGCUUCAAAUUGUCCGACGAUAUUAGGGAACUCCUUAGAGCUAAAAACGCCUCGAUACGCGCCUACGACAGGUAUCCUACCGCGGCAAAUCGUAUUCGAAUGCGUGCCCUACAACGCGAUGUAAAGUCUCGCAUCGCCGAAGUCCGAGAUGUCAGAUGGUCUGAUUUCUUAGAAGGACUCGCGCCCUCCCAAAGGUCUUACUACCGCUUAGCUCGUACUCUCAAAUCGGAUACGGUAGUAACUAUGCCCCCCCUCGUAGGCCCCUCAGGCCGACUCGCGGCGUUCGAUGAUGACGAAAAAGCAGAGCUGCUGGCCGAUACAUUGCAAACCCAGUGCACGCCCAGCACUCAAUCCGUGGACCCUGUUCAUGUAG